AUAGUAGUAUUGCUGAAGCCCUCAGCCCUCCGCCGAUAACGGAAUGAGUUUGAGUCUACGCAAAAACUUGAGAGAUAGAAGUCGUACUACAAACUUGUAUGAGAUUAUUUUCGCUCUCCAUCGUAGCUGCCUAUCUAAGCGAAACAGCUAUGUAUCCCAACUAAGAACGCGAGUUGGAAGGAAAACACGCGAUAAAAAUCAAAUCAUGCAAAAAGCAUGUGACUAAUUAUUCGGCGCCGGACCGAUAUCCGAGAUUCGAUUUAAACCGCUGCUCUCAAAUGCUUUUUGCGUCUUUUCUGUCUCUUCGUAAUCGGAUGGCGUCUUAUACUCGUACUCUUCACGUUCGAUUUCCUAUGGAACAAUGGCCUGGAUGGUACAUUGCCGAGCUCAACUUGCAGGCCCAGUCUAUCACUUCCUUUUUGUCUCCCGACUCGAGCCCUCCACCGACGCCACAAUUAGAAUCUCCUGGGUUCGACUCUGACUCGGACUCCAACAGAUCAUACGAGCUUUACAACGAUGACUCUAGGCUUACCCUGAAGGUUGACCCCGAUACCUGCACUGAUUAUGGCUCCGAUUCUCCCGUGUUUCGUGCUUUUGUCGUGCGCGACCGUGACGAUUAUGGCAAAGAGUGCCGCCGUUCUUCAGGUUCCUUCUCAAUGAAUGAAAACAAAGGAAUAGCGUUUCAUGAUCCGAAGACCCCAAUUGCUCUCAAGUUCGCUUUACGAGAGGAUUUAUUAGAUGAUCUAGCUCAAGAGGCAGAAAUAUACGAGGGCGCACUAUGCUCUUUGCAAGGUGACAUUGUCCCGCAAUGUUAUGGUUUCUUUACCGGCAUCGGUUCAGAAGGGCAAAGGAUCGCCUGUUUGGUAUUAGAGUAUUGGGGUGAAUCUUUGCAAGUGCCUUUCAGAAAGCUUCCAAUCGACGUAAGACUUCGGAUAUUAGAUAGCCUUGGCGAGCUUCACAAGUGCGGUCUGCAUCAUGGUGAUUUUGCCGAAAGAAACGUUCUCAUGAACGAUAACGACAUCCGUCUCAUUGACUUUGAUCAGUCUGUGUACCACGAUUGUGAUUGUGAAACCACUUUCCAGUUUCGUCUCGAAGUUGGAAAACAGAUACCUGAUGUGACAGAGUUUGGAUGUCCUACGCUCUGGGAGAUAUGUCGGUCAGAUAUGGGCAUUUGGGGGUGAAGUGGCAGCUAGACUAGUAGGCAAUAUGUAGAGGGAUUUCACUUGUUUGAUGUGGCGCAAGAAACUCGUUCUGAAUCUCAAGAAAAAUCGUUUAAUAUCUACGGAAUACAAUUGGACCUCAAGGGCAGACCUUGAAAACCCCCCAAAAAAAACUUCGACGAGAGAUUGCCUUAUCAAGGACACCAUCGCAGCAUAUAUCAUCCCACCAUAAG